GAGCGAGGCGUGAGCCUUCGGCAGGCUUUGAAGGCUCCUCUGUGGAAAUGGGGCCUCAUUGCAUUGCUGUGGUCCGUCUAUGCCUUCUGCUUCUACGGGUGGAUCCAGGGGUCUUACUCGGGGCUCCUGCUCCUCCCAUGGGUUGGCGCUUUAGCCACCUUCCACACCUUCCAUGAUGCAUCCCACGGGGCCCUCUCCACGAAAGCCUGGGUGAAUGAGCUCCUCACUUUUUCAGGCUUCCCGAUCGGCGCACCCCACGAGUGGUACUGGCAACACGUUGCGUGCCACCACGUCUGGACCAACAUCGCAGAUGCGGAUCCCGACGCCAAGCAUGUGCGCCGUUGGGUCAGGCCGGGCAAGUUCCCUCCCCCACUCGCUGUGGUGCCGGUCGUUUGGGCCAUCGCUGUGCCCAUCGGACUGCAAGUCCUCUACUCCUACCGCUACCUCAGUGCUGCCUUCGGACUGUCUCUGAAACAGGAUGUUCCACGGGAUAUCACGGCCACGUCGCUGCUGGCUUUGCUGCUCCAGCGCUUGGUCUUCUACGUUUGGCCAGUCUGGCGCUUCGGAUUCUGGGGAGUCCUCUGGGCCGCUUACCCGGCUGCGGUGUUCUCCUUGCUCUUCAUGCUGAACACACAGCUGGCCCACUUGAACCACACCACAGAGGGUGAGGCAGAUGAGGCCGCUUCAGAGUGCUGGUACAAGCACCAGCUUACGCACAGCGUGGACUUCGCGGUGAAUUCUCCUAUCCACUGGUUUAUGUCAGGUGGCCUUAACCUGCAGUCUGUGCACCACUGCUUCCCGACGGUGGACCACAGCCAUCUACCCCAGCUUCGAGCUGUCAUGCAGAAGGUUUGCCAGAAGCAUGGUGUUCAGAUGCAUACAUUCGACAGCUACACCAUGGGGGUGGUGUCUCAUCUUCAGCACCUGUCCACAGGCGCUGCCGAGCACCCAGUGGCCUCUCCAGUGCCCACCUCGCAGGCUGCACUCCAAACGGAGAACACGGCCGUCACCGUUCAAGGCCAGGCAGGCACUGCCAAGCCGUCGCCGGGUCCGCCGAAUGGAGCCCAUGCCACGCCGAACGGCCACGACGAGGAGGGCCCCACGCCCGCAGCCGGUGGAACCUUACACUCGGUUGCUGGAGUGGCCGCUGAGGGAAAGCCGCGGGUUUGCGUGGUCGGAUCAGGCAUCGCAGGGAACGCUGCGGCAUACAUGCUGCGACACGAGUACGACGUGGUGCUGUGCGAGAAGGACGAUCGGCCCGGAGGACAUGCCCACACUAUCGCUGCGGGGUCCGAAAAGCAGAGGGUCGACAUCGGGUUCCAGGUCUUCAACUUCAGCAACUACCCCUUGCUGUCGAAACUCUUCGACGAGCUAGGAGUCGAAACCAUCCAGUCCGACAUGUCCUUGUCCGUGUCUGCUCGUGGGGUUACCGAUGUCCAAGACUUCGAGUGGUCCUCCAAGUCCCUGUUCCCGACAUGGUCGGAUGUCUUCAGCGUGCGUGGCUGGAAGCGACUGUUCGAGAUCCUUCGCUUUGAGCGGGCAGCUCAUGCAGCCCUCCAUGUGCAUCCUGAGACUCUGGGCGAUCAGACGAUGAAGUCCUGGUUGCUAGGCCAGGGUUUCAGCCAGCAGCUUAUCGAUGAGUACAUCGCUCCAAUGGGCGCAGCUCUCUGGAGCUGCUCCAUGGAUGAGUGCACAGCUUUUCCUGCCUGCAUCGUCUUAGGCUUCCUGGACAACCACUUCAUGCUUCAGAGAGCCCGGCCGAAGUGGCGGACUCCGAAGUAUCGAGCUGAGGACUACGUCCGGAAGCUCCAUUCAGCUUUGUCUGCAGCGGGCGGGCGAAUCUGCUCUAGCACAGACGUCUCCAAGUUGGAGCUCUCGGAGGGCCAAGGCAUCCGUGUUGUAGCCUCCAACGGCCACUACGUGUCUGCCUCAAGCCCAGUCUUCGACAAGGUGGUUCUUGCGGUGCAUGCGGACCAGGCGAGCCAGAUCUUGUCGAGGUCGAACCUUUCAAACGGGGACAGAAAGCUCUGUUCCGAGACCAUCGACAACUUCAAGUACUCAUCCAAUGCCGUGUACAUCCAUACGGACCCCAAGUACAUGCCCAAGAAGAAGUCGUGCUGGAGUGCAUGGAACGGCUUGAAUCUUCCUGGAGCCCCGGCCGUUGUCACCUACUGGAUCAACAAGCUGCAACCAGGUGCCUGCACGGAGGGCAAAGACGUCUUUGUGACACUGAACCCGCCUGAUGGAUCCAUCGAUGAGAGCCAAGUGCUUGCAAA